ACUCGGUCGAUAAGGGAGGCGAGGCGAACAGGUGACGACAUCGUUGUCAUACUCGUGAUUUCAUAACACGCCAUUUUCUUUGUGUGAAGCGCUGGAGCGCGGAGGUGUUUUCACAGGCCGUGUUCCCUAACGAAUUCCCCAGCAAGUAUGGCAUCCCGCAAGAAAGUUUUGCUGAAAGUAAUUAUCCUUGGGGAUUCAGGAGUUGGGAAAACUUCUUUAAUGAAUCAAUAUGUCAAUAAGAAGUUUAGCAACCAAUAUAAAGCAACAAUAGGGGCAGAUUUUUUGACUAAGGAAGUGAUGGUAGAGGAUAGAAUAGUCACUAUGCAGAUUUGGGAUACUGCUGGACAGGAGAGGUUUCAAUCGUUAGGAGUGGCUUUUUAUAGAGGCGCAGACUGUUGUGUAUUGGUAUUUGAUGUAUCAGCUCCAACUAGCUUCAAAUCUCUAGAUUCAUGGAGGGAUGAAUUUUUAAUUCAAGCCUCACCUCGAGAUCCAGACAACUUUCCGUUUGUCGUGCUCGGGAACAAAGUAGAUCUUGAAUCAAGAGCAGUCUCAAGCAAGAGAGCGCAACAGUGGUGUCAAUCAAAGAAUAAUAUUCCAUAUUUUGAAACUAGUGCAAAAGAGGCUAUUAAUGUCGAGCAAGCUUUCCAAACGAUAGCUAAGAAUGCUUUAGCUCAAGAAAGUGAAGUCGAACUUUACAAUGAAUUCCCGGAUCAAAUCAAAUUGACCAACGAUCAAAGAAGCAAUGGUAGAGGUGAUUCAUGUGCUUGCUAGGUCUUGGAACAGUGGUAAUAUCUCAAAUGACUAAUAAAAAAUGCACAGGUCAGAUACACUCACAACACCUGCGGCAUAAAGGAUGCGGAGAAUAUAUUGCGAUGAGCUUUAUGUGUGCAGGAAGUCAUAAAAUUUCUUUCUUUAUCUCAACAUGUUAUUAUACAAUCUUCCUCUGUAUCCAUAAAACAAA